GGGUUAAUAGCCCGAGGUGCCGGUAGUCCGGGGCGGCGUGCAGCGGCAGCUGGGUGUUACUGGUUGGAACGCAUGCGCCUCCCCAUCCAAAGCAACCGGGAGUGAGGAGGCUGCUGUGUCAGGGACCGGAGGCUUCUUUUCGGCUCCUCCUCUGUGAACAGCAUCACACCGGAACCACCGCCAGACCAGCCAGCUCCGAACUGCGGGAACCGGCCGAGCAGAUAUUACUCUGGUACCACCACCAUCUUCAGUGUAACCGAGCAGCAGAGACACAGCAGCCCAUGGAAAAGAAGACCAAGUUCUCCUCAGCCAUGGCUGAGCCAGCGAAGUCCUCGGCAUCUCCUCCUCCGUCUCUUCAGGGUGAAGAAGGACUACAGAUUGAUGAUGCCCAGGUGGGCAGGCCCCUGGGUCACACUCCCAGUCAGAGCCGCUUCCAAGUGGACCCGGUCAGUGAAGUCUCCCGGGAAGCAGCUGCUGGGGAUCAGGAGCCAUCUCAUCCACCUUCUGACACCAUAACCCAUAGAGGAAGGGGGAGUUCAGGUGGAGAGGAAGCGAAAGGUCGGUUUAGAGUAAACUUUGUGGACCCGGCUGAUCCAGAUGGAAGCUCUCCUGAGAUGCCAAGUGGUGAGGGUGGAGGUGGGGUGAGCUUUCAGAAUGGAGAUACAGUGUUAAGCGAAGGUAGCCUGCAUUCUGGUGGAACUGGUCAUCACUAUCAUUAUGACACUCACACUAACACUUAUUACCUGCGGACCUUUGGGCACAACACCAUGGAUGCUGUGCCCAGGAUUGAUUACUAUCGGCACACAGCGGCAGAACUUGGCGAGAAGUUGCUGAGACCCAGCUUGGCCGAGCUGCAUGAUGAGUUGGACAAGGAACCAUUUGAAGAUGGUUUUGCCAAUGGAGAAGAAGGAACACCGACAGGAGAUGCCGUGACCAAUCACGUUGCUGAUGGCAAAGGAGUGGUAAAAUUUGGCUGGAUUAAAGGAGUAUUGGUACGAUGCAUGCUGAAUAUAUGGGGUGUGAUGCUAUUCAUCCGGUUGUCGUGGAUUGUCGGCCACGCUGGAAUCGGUUUAACCAUUGUUGUCAUUGGCAUGGCCACCGUGGUGACGACCAUCACUGGAUUGUCUACUUCGGCCAUUGCUACAAAUGGCUUUGUAAGAGGAGGAGGUGCAUAUUACUUAAUUUCCCGAAGUUUGGGACCAGAAUUUGGAGGUGCAAUCGGGCUCAUUUUUGCAUUUGCCAAUGCAGUAGCAGUUGCCAUGUAUGUGGUGGGCUUUGCUGAAACUGUUGUGGAAUUACUACAGGAAAGCAACGCUGUGAUGGUGGAUGAACUGAAUGACAUUCGAAUCAUAGGUGCAAUCACGGUUGUUCUGCUGCUGGGUAUCUCUGUAGCAGGAAUGGAGUGGGAAGCGAAAGCCCAAAUUGUGCUGUUGGUGAUUUUAUUGUUGGCAAUAGUUGACUUCUUUAUAGGAACAGUUAUUCCAAUGGAGGACAAGAAGGCCAAAGGAUUCUUUAGUUACAAAGCUGAAAUUUUCAGUGAAAACUUUGGGCCAGCUUUCCGGAAUGAAGAAACUUUCUUUACUAUCUUUGCCAUUUUCUUCCCUGCUGCGACUGGUAUCUUGGCAGGAGCAAAUAUCUCAGGUGAUCUUAUGGACCCCCAACAAGCCAUACCAAAAGGCACACUGUUGGCUAUUCUAGUAACAACUAUAGUCUACAUGGGCGUUGCAGUGUCUGUGGGCUCAUGUGUCAUAAGAGAUGCCUCCGGAAAUAUUAAUGACACCCUUUCGUACGCUGCGACAAACUGCACAGAUGCUUCUUGUAAAUUAGGUUAUAACUUUACAUCCUGUAUACCAAAAUGUAAAUAUGGACUGAUGAACAGCUUUCAGGUCAUGAGCAUGGUGUCUGGGUUUGCACCACUUAUUUCAGCAGGAAUCUUCUCUGCCACUCUUUCAUCAGCACUUGCCUCCUUAGUGAGUGCACCAAAGGUUUUCCAGGCCCUAUGCAAAGACAAUAUUUAUCCUGGUCUUCAAAUAUUUGCUAAAGGAUAUGGCAAGAACAACGAACCACUUCGAGGAUAUCUGCUGACCUUCUUAAUUGCAUUGGGGUUCAUAUUAAUUGCUGAACUGAAUGUGAUUGCUCCAAUCAUUUCAAACUUCUUCCUGGCAUCCUAUGCCUUAAUAAACUUCUCAGUGUUUCACGCUUCACUUGCAAAGUCUCCAGGUUGGCGUCCAGCGUUUAAAUACUACAAUAUGUGGGUGUCUCUAAUUGGAGCCCUUCUUUGCUGUGGGGUCAUGUUUGUUAUUAACUGGCAGGCUGCUCUUUUAACAUAUGUCAUAGUCAUUGGAUUGUAUAUAUACGUCACAUACAAGAAACCUGAUGUGAACUGGGGGUCUUCAACCCAAGCCUUGACCUAUCUCAAUGCACUGCAGCACACCAUUCGGUUGGCAGGUGUCGAAGACCAUGUGAAAAACUUCAGGCCUCAAUGCCUUGUUUUAAUUGGUGCUCCGAAUUCACGUCCAGCUCUCCUUCACUUAGUGCACGCCUUUACAAAAAAUGUUGGUUUGAUGAUCUGUGGCCAUGUGCACAUGGGUCCUCGAAGACAAGCUAUGAAAGAGCUGCUUACAGACCAGGCUAGAUAUCAGAGGUGGCUUAUUAAAAACAAAACCAAAGCCUUCUACUCCCCAGUACAUGCCGAGGACUUGAGGGAUGGAGUUCAGUAUCUUAUGCAGGCUGCUGGAUUGGGGAGAAUGAGACCAAAUACUCUUGUGCUUGGCUUCAAGAAUAAUUGGAUUCAGUCCGAUAUGAAAGAUGUUGAGACUUAUAUUAACUUAUUACAUGAUGCUUUUGAUUUCCAGUAUGGUGUAGUUGUGAUUCGUCUGAGAGAAGGUCUAGAUAUUUCUCAUCUCCAAGGCCAAGAGGAACUUCUGUCAUCGCAAGAGAAGUCUCCAGGCACCAAAGAUGUAGUGGUGAACGUAGACUAUAGUAAAAAGGCAGAGUCUUCAAAGCCCUUCUCCAGUGACACCAGUCCAGUGAUGAGGAAAGAUGAGGAAGACGAUGGAAAGGCACAAACUACACAACCUCUGUUGAAAAAAGACUCUAAAGGUCAAGGCGUUGCUCUGAACUCUGCAGACCAGAGACUUUUGGAUGCCAGCUUGCAGUUCCAGAAGACGCAAGGCAAAAGCACUAUUGAUGUGUGGUGGCUCUUUGAUGAUGGAGGAUUGACAUUGCUAAUUCCAUACUUGCUGACUACCAAAAAAAAGUGGAAAGACUGCAAGAUCAGAGUGUUUAUCGGUGGAAAAAUUAACAGGAUAGAUCAUGACCGCAGAGCGAUGGCAACAUUAUUGAGCAAGUUCAGAAUUGACUUCUCUGACAUCAUGGUCCUCGGCGAUAUCAACACCAAGCCAAAGAAAGAAAAUGUGGCAGCUUUUGAAGAGAUGAUUGAACCGUUCAGGCUGCGGGAAGACGAAAUGGAACAGGAUGUCGCUGACAAAAUGAAAGAGGAAGAGCCAUGGCGAAUAACUGAUAAUGAGCUAGAGCUUUAUAAGACAAAGACUCAUCGUCAGAUCCGGUUAAAUGAAUUGUUGAAGGAGCACUCGAGCACAGCCAAUGUUAUUGUCAUGAGCCUUCCAGUUGCAAGAAAAGGUGCCGUGUCCAGUGCACUUUACAUGGCUUGGCUAGAGGCACUUUCUAAAGAUCUCCCACCCAUCCUGCUUGUCCGUGGAAAUCACCAGAGCGUCCUUACUUUCUACUCCUAAAAGCUGCCAGCCGCAAAGCCCCAAAGAAAUGGUACUUCAGUGGCUGGGAUGCAGGCAUCAUCACGUUCUCUAAAGCCCCUGAACUUCUCUUUCUUAAUUUCACAGACUUGAAAGCACAUGGAGGAAAGUAACUUUUUCCACACUUGAGCAUCUUUUGCAGUUUUACUGCUUCUGUUACAUUACUGGUGGAUCCUGGCUUCAUAAGGGAGAUUCCGAUGUAUGGGACUCAAAUACAUGGAAGUUUAUUUCUCUGCUACUUGAAAAGCAGCAAUAAAAGCGUGUUUCUUUUUAUUUUGACCAGUGAAAGGAUUCUAGAUUUGUAAAAGCCUUUAGCCUUGAGGUGCCUUUUUGAAAAAAUUAACCAAACUUCAUCCAUACCCCUCUUUUUUAUAAACUUGUAUAGAAUGUACAAUCUGCCUUUCAGCUAGGACUUUAGAUCAAAACCUUUAGUUUCUAGUUUCUUCCAUCUUGACGAUAACUUAUGCUGCUGCUUCGUCUUCCACCAAGCUAUUCACUAUUGUAUUGCGUCAUAAAUGUUAUUAUUUUUUUAUAUUCUUCUUCUUUUGAAUGUGUUAGCAAAAAUGCACAGGGUUUGAACAAGACAGCUAUACCAACAAUAAAAACACGUGAAGCGACCAUAUGGGUUGUAUUGGAACAAAUGAGCAAGUAAAAUGGACCUCGCUGUGGGUAUUUCAUACACUACUUUAAGUGAACCCCCAUCUUUCCUGUUUAAGUUAUACUCCACGUGUCACCCAAAUAUAAUAGACUUCAUUAAUGGUGCGUAGGUGACUGUGUCUAGGGGUUUUAAUGGCGCUCGUUUCUGGCCUAUCCAGAGAUCCGUUGUACAUGAAUAACACAAUUCAGGUCAGUUCUCCAAAAACAUUCAAUCUGUUUUCAUCUCUAUACAAGGGGAAGCGGCCAUACUGUGCCCUUCUACCACUAUUCAGCUUACUAAUAUACCACAAUGAAUGAAUUGACUCGUUUCUACACAAAAUGUCGGUCUCCAGUCACUGCAGCCCCUAAAUGUUCAGUUUACUUUGUCGUACUUUUUGUAAUACAGGAAAUCAAAUUUUCAAUUUAUCUCCUCUGUCCUGGUCAGACGAGGGUGACAUGCCGCCAUUUUAAUGCUUGAUUGAAUGACGAUACUCAGUACACCUCUUCAGCUGUCUUUCUAUGUUAUAUAUGUGGAUGUUGAGGUUUAUGCCCAGAAUGUUUGAUGCAAUGGCUCAUGUGCAAUAGCAUUACUUGGGGUGGGGGGGGGACAUGGGGCUUGUCUUGAAAAUAAGCGCUUUCUUGUUGAGAGAUGCCUUUCUGCAGUACUACCUUGUAGCCCAUAGACUUAUAUUAUGAAUACCUGUAGAAAAAAACACAUUUCUGUCUACUUAUGUCUUGGAUUUUUCUGUGUUUAAGUCUAAAUAUGUUUUAAGCAAAACCUCCUUACUUCACAUUAAGGCUACAUUCGCACGACGGCUGUCACAUGACCGUUUUAACAACCAUGGUAGUCUAUGGGGUUAUUCACACGCUGUUUUUUGUUUGUUUUUUUUGAUGGGCCGUGAAUAACGUCUAUCCUAUUUUGUCCAUUUUCAUGGGCCAACAGCCCCUUUACAAUUGCAAUUACGUUUUUGCCAGCCAUCGUGUGAAUGCAGCCUUACGUUAGCUUUGCAUUCUGCAACUUUUUGAAAUACUGUACUUUUUGACAGUGUUCAGUUGCUUUUAUGUUUAUCGGGCAGUAACUUCUUAUAGGACAGAGGAGGGAAGUUGAUGAAACAGUUUAUGAAGAGGACUAGUCUGUGACUAUUAGAACUCUGAAGACAAUAACCUAUGGUGAGAAGGUUCAUCAUUACAAGAAAGUGCAUUCCAAGCUUUUCUAGUUGUAAAUUACACUAGUCUGGAACCAAUCAGAUUCCACCUUUCAUUUUUGAUAGCUCCUUUGAAAAAUGAAAGGAGGAAUCUGAUUGGUUGCUAUGGGCAACUAAGCCAGUUCUACUUUACACCAGUUUGAUUAAUUACCCCUAUUGACUAUCAAGCCAGUGUUGUACCCAGUGACAGGGUUCUUAAAGGGUUCUUCGGCAGAGUACAAACAUCUAUUGAACUGAGCACAGGAUAUACAGACAAUUUUGAUGUGUUAUCCAGAUGUUCUGUCUCCCGUCAAAAAAUUAGGAUAUGGCUAUAAUGACUGUAUGUCCGCUGACUAAAUACAUGUAUGUUAAUCUAUGCAUACACAUCCUGUGCUCUGUUCCAUUAACACUAUGUGUACUAUGCCAGGAGGUAAUGGAGAUAUCGAAGUAAGCUCCGGUGUAGGUUAUCAACCCGAUGUAUGCCGGUUUUCUUGGAUAAUGUAUUGGAUGAAAUUGGCCCUGAAUGAUAAGAUAUCCCUGGCGUGUCAGGAUAGGUUUGGAAGUGAGGAAAUAGUAAGCUUGUUAAUUUUUCAUCUAUAGAAGGAGCCUCAGUCAUCGCAGCAUCCCCCACCCCCGCAAAUGAUUGUACUGGAUUGGUAGAAAGUCGAUAGGGCCGUUUUGUGAAGAUGCUGUAUUGGUGCCACAGGCUCUAUGUGUGAUAUAAUUAUAAUACCCACUGAUAUGUUUUACCUGGGAAACAAGAAUUGUCAUGUGUAACUAAUAUAGUGAAAUGUACAGCAUAUUAGUGUCUUGUAUUCAGAGCAUGUAUGAUUAAUUAUGUACUGGUCUGUUGUAUCACUGCUCGGUUGAACACCCCACAGCUAUAUUUGUACAGAACUUGUUUGGAAAAAAUAAUCUAACAUACGUGAAAAUGCCUGAAGAUCUGUAAAAACAAUUACGGGAUUGAUGAGUUUGCAGUAAGUUGGAAUGAAAGUAGAUGAAUAUAUCCCAUAUCCAAUUUUAUAGUAACGUCUAAGGGUUUUUGCUGGUAUUUUUGUGCACCUGUGGUUUUUGGUGCCGUUUUUUACAGCAAAAGAAAAAAACAACAACUCCAGAAUUAGCAGGUCUAUGGGAAAAGCAGGAAACACAAGCCUUUUUUUUUUCUAUAGGUGGUUUUGUUAAUUACCGUAGUUGCAGUUUUUUUUUGUCUUGCUUUUUUCACAUCACCUUCUCUUUAUGGGUUGAGCAUCUUGAAGAAAACGCUAGUGUGCAAAAAAUGCCAGGAAAAAACACCACAAAAAACUCAGGUGGCCUGAGAAAAAACAUGCAGUUAUUCUGCUUUCUACAACCCCAACCCCCCA